GAAAAUUAACAAAAGUAGAAAGACAGAGAUUUAAAGAGGAAGCGGAAAUGUUGAAAGGUCUACAGCAUCCAAAUAUUGUGAGAUUUUAUGACUUCUGGGAAUCCUGUGUAAAAGGAAAAAGAUGCAUCGUGCUGGUUACCGAGUUGAUGACCUCUGGAACACUGAAGACGUAUCUGAAGAGAUUCAAAGUGAUGAAGCCGAAAGUCCUUCGUAGCUGGUGCCGGCAAAUCCUGAAGGGUCUUCUUUUCUUACACACAAGAACUCCACCAAUAAUUCACAGAGACUUAAAAUGUGACAAUAUUUUUAUUACUGGACCAACUGGAUCUGUGAAAAUAGGAGACUUAGGCCUGGCAACCCUCAAGAGAGCUUCAUUUGCCAAAAGUGUAAUAGGUACUCCAGAGUUCAUGGCCCCGGAGAUGUAUGAGGAACACUAUGAUGAAUCCGUGGACGUGUACGCUUUUGGGAUGUGCAUGUUGGAAAUGGCUACCUCAGAAUACCCUUAUUCAGAAUGCCAGAAUGCUGCUCAAAUUUACCGGAAAGUAACCUGUGGUAUAAAGCCAGCAAGCUUUGAGAAAGUUACUGAUCCUGAAAUUAAGGAGAUAAUUGGAGAGUGCAUUUGCAAAAAUAAAGAAGAAAGAUAUGAAAUUAAAGAUUUAUUAAGCCAUGCCUUUUUUGCUGAAGAUACUGGGGUAAGAGUGGAACUUGCAGAAGAAGACCAUGGUAGGAAAUCCUCUAUUGCCUUAAGACUCUGGGUAGAAGAUCCUAAGAAACUGAAAGGAAAACCCAAAGAUAAUGGAGCCAUUGAGUUUACUUUUGAUCUGGAGAAGGAAACUCCUGAUGAUGUUGCACAAGAAAUGAUUGACUCUGGAUUUUUUCACGAAAAUGAUCUCAAGAUAGUUGCCAAGUCAAUACGUGACCGAGUAGCAUUAAUACAAUGGAGAAGAGAGAGAAUUUGGCCUAGGAUACAGUCGGAGGAACGUCGAGAUUCCGARUGUUUGGAGAAAUCGAAGGCGCCGCAGGCCCAGCAGGUUCAGGUCACGUACCUGUCUCACACCGGUCACCACGUCCUGUCGGAGUCGGAGGAGCCCGAGGCGGAUCAGCACCCUUUCCAGCCAAACCUGCCCACCAGCGUCACCUCUGUGGCAUCUGACAGCACAUUUGACAGCGGUCAGGGGUCCACUGUUUAUUCGGACUCCCAAAGCAGCCAGCAAAGCGUUAUCUACUCGUCGCUGCCCGAUGCGAUUCCGCCCGCCGUUCAGCGGGUGUACAGCCCGCCGCUGAGCGAGAGCCCGGCCCUGCCCCACGGCCUGCAGCAGCUGGGCCACUACCAGCAGCCCUCAGGAGCCGGGCUGCCCGUGGUCCAGGCUCCCGCGGCCGCCGCCGUGGCCCCGCGCGCCCCGCUCUUCCCGGAGCCGCCCAUGACGUUCCCGGUGGUGCCGCCGACCACGGUGGCGACGCUGCCCAUGGGGCAGUCGCCGCCGGUGCUCGCCAGCCAGCAGCAGCAGCCCAUGUCGCAGCAAGCCUCUCUGCAGCAGGUGCUUGCCAGCCAGCCCGUCUGCCCAAUGUCACCUGCAACCCAUCUACUGCCCCAGUAUCAGCCCCAAACUUCUCAGGUGGCAGCUAGCAGCACACCCCUAAAACCGCUUCAGAUCUCCACCGUACCACCCCACCCACCGGUUGCCCCCUCGCAGAUUCCUCAGUUUCCUGUCAUUCCUGCAAUUACUCCUCUGGCAGGACUUGACAACCUUCCUCCAAACCUCUCAGACAUACCUGCUGCAAACGUGCCCCCCAUUCCUGCUCCUUCUCCAUAUUUCACUCCGGCCGUGAUUUUGCCAAGCCUCCCCAUGAACCCCGCUCUGCCUCUGGCGCCCAAUUCCCCCGCGCUCCCCAUGCAGGCCGUGAACCUUCCUCAUACAACUGUGGCUUCUCUGGUCUUGCCCUGCCAAACCAUAGUGCCAAACAUGCCGGCCGCCACCAUCCCGUUACUGGCCGUGGCUCCGCCGGGAGUGUCGGCUCUGCCAGCACACCACGCAGUGUCCCAGCUCUCCCAGCAGCAGAUGUACCCGGCCACCUUCCAGCAGAUGGUCCCGAGCGAGGCGCCCUCUCCCCACCACACGCAGGCCACUGCGCAGCCACCACCUCCUCAGUCGCUCCAGCCCAGCCUCAUGCAUCCUUCAGAGCAGGCCCUGUCUGCGCCUGGCGCUGGUACCCAGCAGAUGACUGGACACUCUCAGUUUGCUCUGGAAACUGGAGCCCAGGUGCCUGUACUGCCCGUGCAGCCUUCGAUAGUCAUGUCACCACCUUUGCAGUUGCAGCCUGAGCUCUUGCCGCCCUGCGUCGCUCCAGAAAGCGUUUCACAGGUGCAUGGCAGCCUUGCUACAGCAAGUCCGCCCGUGCCCGSAGAUCCCUGUCUGCCUCCGCAGCCUUCGGGUCUCCUGCAGCUCCAGCCAGACCUGUCCCAGCAUCUGGGUCAGCAGCUUCCAGUGCCCUGCUCAGCAGCCCAGGCAAUUGCAGAGUCAUCUCAAGAGGAGCAGGCAAUACAGGAUAAACUUCAGGCACUGUCACAGAGCUGUGAAAGCUACAUGAGUCCAGAUGUUGCUUCAGGUAAAGAAAUGAGCGACAGCUUUGAAGGAGCGAUAGGAAGUGGAAAACAAGAAGGAAAGCCUUCCAAGAAGCAUAAGAAAUCUACCCGUGCUCGUUCACGGCARGAGAAGACCAGCAGACCAAAACUGACCAUAUUAAAUGUGUGUAAUACRGGGGAUAAGAUGGUCGAGUGUCAGCUUGAAACACAUAAUCACAAAAUGGUGACUUUCAAGUUUGAUUUGGAUGGUGACGCRCCAGAGGAAAUUGCUACUUACAUGGUGGAGAAUGAAUUCAUCUUGCAGAGUGAAAAAGAGACAUUUAUUGAACAAAUGAAAGAUAUUAUUGAUAAAGCAGAAGACAUGCUCAGUGAAGAUACAGAAGGAGAACGAAGUUCUGAUCAGGGGACGAGUCCCCAACAAGAUACCGAUAGAAUGGAAGUGAGUGAAGAAAAGCGGCAGUCUCAGGUGAAGACACCCGUGUACCAGCAAAACGUUUUGCAUACUGGAAAAAGGUGGUUUAUUAUAUGUCCUGUUGUGGAAAAUCCYGCUACUGAUGCACCAGAGUUUUCUCCACCAGUUCCUCCAAGCACACAGCAGUCUGAAGGCCCAGACGCGGAGCAGCCGGACGACCAGCCAGCGAUCCCGGUGGCGCCGGAGGCGCCGGGUGUCCUGCCGGGCCAGCAGCUCCCUCUCCACCCGCCCGCGGCGGCCGCCCUGCGCGCGCCGCAGCCGGAGGAGCCCCCCGAGGCCCAGCUGCCCCCGCCGGACGAGGGGCUGUGCGUGCCCGAGGUGGAGAUCGCCUGCUGCAGCGUGGGGCCGCCCAAGGCGGCGGCCGCGGAGCUGUGCGCGCUCCCCGCGCUGCCGGAGAGCGCGGUGCUGGAGCGGCAGCCCGCGGCACAAGUGCCGCAGCUACCCGAGGGCGGCCAGCCCGGGGCCGCGGCGCCCGCCUUCGCCGGCCCCGCGUUCCCCGCGGCGCUGGCCGCCGAGCCGCUGGGCCUGGCGGGCUCGCAGCUGCAGAGCCCCACGCAGGCGGUGCUGGCGGUGCCGCCGCCGCAGCACGUGCUGCCGCCGCAGGGCCCGGCGGCGAGCUGCCCCGCCGCGCUGCUGCCCCAGCAGCCGCCCUGCGCCGCCGAGUCCGACGGCGAGGGGCCGCCCCGCCUCGACUUCGUGGACAACACCAUAAAAAGCCUCGACGAGAAGCUGCGCAACUUGCUUUACCAGGAAUACGUUCCCACUUCUUCGGCGUCGGCGGGGACUCCAGACAGUUUCGUCCCUUCGGAACAGGGGGACAGYGAGUUCAACUUGCCGCCUCUUGCCGAAGAUCAAGUUCCCACGCUGGCGUUGGGUCUAAGAGAACCGGCCCAUAAAGCUGCAGAGACCUGCCAGGAAGCGAGUGCUGCUGAGAGCCAACUCGUGCCGCCUGUGCCGUCGAGGAGCUCGCCCUGCCCCGCGCUGCUGGAGAAGUCUGGGGUCGCUGGCACCGCUGUUGAUUCCUCAGAAGCAAGAGGUUCAUCUGCAAGCAUCAUAUCAGCCCCUGCUGCUGCAGCAAAAGGUCUCCUUCAGAUUGCAGCUCCGUCACCAAGUGGAGCCACCCAGAUGGAAACUUCUAAAAGGAAYGAGAAGGCAAAGACCACAACUUCAUCUGCGCACACAGAUAAUUUAAUGCAGAUCUCUACAGCAGAUGGGGUGAGAAAUAACCUUCAAAGGGAUGACUCUCCAGACUCUGGUUCCUAUGGAAAACAGGCUGAGGCUCACGGCAGCAGCACACCAGCCAAAACCAUUGGCAGGUUUUCAGUGAUCAGCACACAGGAUGAAUUAACCUUAGCAUCGCCGCACUGCCUGAGGUUCUCGGCGCCCCCGGACGUCUACCUGGACGCGCUGCCUUCGAGCCCGGAGCUGCAGGCUGCCGUGCGCCGCGUGCAGACGGCCUCCUCCGUCGACGUCCUCUGCGAGCAGGGCUCGAGCGAUUCUGCCGACGAGCCUUUGCGCAGGGAGCCCCCGGCUGCUCAGCCGUCCCCGCCGAGCGCCAGUGCGGCCACUGACUUAAUUAAAAAAGCAGCUGCUUUUCUGCAAAGAUCUGGGAAACCGGCUUCGCAAGGCCUUGAUUCACCUAAUGGUCAGGGAGCGAAAAUUCCCACCAUCAACAUAACAUCUUUCCACUCRCAGUCGUCCUACAUGAGCAGUGACAAUGAUUCAGAAUUUGAAGAUGCAGAUAUGAAGAAAGAAUUGCAGAAUCUGAGAGAAAAGCAUAUGAAGGAAAUUGCGGAACUGCAGACUCAGCAGAAGAACGAGAUAGAGGCGCUGUACCUCCGCUUAGGGAAACCCCUGCCUCCCAACAUGGGCUUUCUGCACUCAGCCCCACCAAGCGGCCGCCGCCGAAGAACCAGCAAAAAUAAGUUGAAAGGUGGAAAACUAUUA